AUGAAAGUGGCUGUGGUGUCAAGCCCAUCGAAGCGAAAACUUCGACUCAAAGCAUCUCGACUGGCCUUGGAUGUGGACACAAUUCCAGAAGACCAGAGCGGCACAGCCAAAGACCUCUUCACCCCGGAGCGCCAUGAGGAGCGCCAAAGUAGCAUGGCUUACCGGCGGAAGGGAAGACGAUUUAUCCAGCUCACACCAAGUGACGGGGAAAAUCUACCGGCCCGUGUCUCUCCAACAGCAAGAUACUCCAGAGAUGGGCACUUGCACGAGCGUGACAUCCCUCUGGCGCACCCUGUUGACGCGAACCUCUAUAGGUUGAGUGCGUCCACUGAUGGAUUUGACCUCAGCGAUUCCCGAAGCUUCAGCUCCGAUUUGACCUUUUUCCGGCCGCGGAUCCUCAAGAAAAAGCUAUCGAACCUCAGGCUUCGCCUCACCAAGUCACGUUUGAACCUUCGAGAGCGCGUGAACAAGCACACUGGCAGGCGACCCCGACCAACCAGGUUCACCGGCCCGACGAACUCCGACGUGACGGUUGUUCACAGUGAAUGGGCCACGGCUACCCCGGGCCAGCCGAAACAAGUGCGAAGGAAGAUGAAGAGAUGGGUUUGGCAAGCUGUCCGCAUCUGCGUCAAGGGCCGGCGAAGCGAGAGCGAUAUCAUCUCUUAG